CAAUUCGGCCGUUCGAAGUGAGCAGUUGGUGUUAGCAGCGUUUCGGACAGCGCAAGUGUUUUGUUCAACAAAAAACAAAAAGCAAAAAAAUACAAAAUUAUAGGCAACUGCCGAGCGAGCAGCAACAACAAAUUGAAUGUGUACACACACAUACAUAUAUGUAUAUAUAAUAGUGCUGUGUAGUAAAAUAUAGAAACAUACACACGAAAGCGCGGCUGCUGCUGGUAAAAUUCCACUGUGAAUCGAAGCAAGUUGUAUAUCAAUAAAACAAAUAUCAAAUUAAUAAAAGUGCAAAACGUGUAAACCAAAAAAUAAUAAUAAGUUAAACACAAAUAAAAAAAACCGAAUCACGUUUUUCGACAAUCGUUCGGUGCUGCGAUUGUGUGUGUGUGUGUGUGUGGGGCAGAGAGCAAGUCCCGCGACCAAAAACGAGACGUGCUGCGAGUGCAAAGAAAUUUCAAGGUUCCCACAACACAGCAGCCGCAUCGGUGGCAACACGGGACACCACUAGUCGUCUAAUAUAAUUACAGAUUGUGCCUGAGGCAGCUUACCGUGGUUCAACAAGUGCGUUUCAAUUACCACAUUGAUAAACGUCCCUCAAACUGCCAACGCUUAGUAAAUUUAAGCUUCACCCACACAGAUAGUGUGUAGAUAAAAGUGAACAUAGUGUGUGUUGUGUGUGUGUGUCUCUACAUAAAAAGAGUCUUAUCGCUGUAAAGAUUGCUGGUGACUGCGUUAUCAUAAAAACAAAAGGCCAACGCAACUGAUAAGCGCUGACAAAACGCAGUCAUCACUAAGCAUUCAACAAUAGACAAACAGACAAGCAGACUUCUGACGCUGAGUCGACUUAUCAGCAAAUAUAAUAAUUCACUCCUUCAACAAAAAUUCAACAAGAAUGAAAUACGACAUGUUAUGCUACAUAUUGUAGAACGGUCGAGAGUGUUGCAGGGCUGCAAAGAGUAUUGGAUAUUCAACAAUUGUGAUUAAGAUCAAUUAACGACAGUUUUAAUAAAUAUAUAUCUUGGCAUAUAUAAGCAAGUCGCUUUGUGUGAUCUAGUACUAAAAGUAAACCCACCUGAAAAUACCACCAAGCAAGCAAGCAAAUAAGCAAGCAGGCAAGCAACAAUUUGUAGUUCGCCGCAAGUGAAUUCGCCGACAACCUGUUUGCUGUCAUAAAUUCGUGCCCGUAUUCGCCGGCGUUUUAGCUUGGCCAUUUCUGCACUGACGUAAAGAGUACACAGCACACCUUCCACCAUUCCACCACAAUUGCAAGCAACGUCGGCGCAGCAGCAGCAGCAGCAGAGGACAGCAGCCAACGCAAUUUUGCCCAGAAGCAGCAGCAGCAGUCAGAGCAGCAGCAGCAGCAGCAGCAUAAACAACAUGGAGCCCUAUUGGAGCGAGUCAAACGGACAUGCCGCACAUCCGGUCAAGUAUGAGAGCGAAGCAGCUGUCUCCAGUUUUCCUUAUUGCACAGAAUCUAGUUUAAAUUUUUCAACAUCGGCAACAGCAUACAGCGAGGAUGAUGCUGAAUAUGCCACCGGAAGACGUAAUAAAACAUCGAGGCAAGAUCCAUUGUCGCAUCGCAUCAUUGAGAAGCGGCGACGCGAUCGCAUGAACUCCUGCCUGGCCGAUUUGUCCCGCCUCAUACCGCCACAGUAUCAACGCAAGGGGCGUGGCCGCAUCGAGAAGACCGAAAUCAUUGAGAUGGCCAUCCGACAUCUGAAGCACUUGCAGAGCGAGUGCCUCCAAAAGGAGAGCGAGUAUCGCAGCGGCUACAUGGACUGCAUGAAGGAGGCGGCCAAGUUCCUCUACGAUAGCCAAAUGCAGGACUUUUGCUAUCGACUCCUGACACGUCUGCAGGAGCACAUCGAUGAGGUGUUUAAGGCCGACUGCUACAAGUCCAGCCGCAGCUGCCACAUGCCGGAUAAUGUGAGCGCUUCCAGCGGCAGUCCGCACCAGGCCUACCAUCCGCCGCUGUGCCAUCUGCGUGAUAUGCUGGGCACCUCAGAUGUGGAGCACAGCAACGAUCAUAACGAUGUCAAGGAUCUAAGUUUUCGUAAUCAUCUCAAUCAGCUGCAGCGCAAUCAGCAGGCUGCUCUUGCCACUGUUGCCUCGGCGACCAACGCCAGCACUUCCACGGCCAGCAUGGAGAGUCAAAGCCCAAGUAAACUGGCAGGGGGCAGUGGUAGUGUCAAUAGCAUCAAUGGCGACAACAUACCCACCAAUUCAACCGGCUCGAACACCGCCAGUAGCACUGCGGCCAGUUCAACGACAUCGAUAUCCACAUGCCACAUGCCGCUGGUCAAGGCGGCGGCUGCAAGCGCCAACGCAGUUGGUAUUGCUGCACACCAGCAGCCGCAUCAGGCGCCAGUGAUUACAUCGACGGCGCCGCAUCAUCAUCAUACGGAUAGCAGCCAGCACGAUUUCGAUUCGUCGCGGGAGCCGAUGCUGCACACGGAUACCUCCAACAUGCACUCGCCCCCGCCGCGGGAUGCGUUGCUGCAGCAGCAUGCCCAUCUGGCCCACAAUCAUCAUACAACGGACGACCUGCUGUCGCUGCGGCUGCGCAACUAUUCGGAAUCCUCACACGAGAUUGAGCACAACAACAACUACAAGUACAAGAACCACAUCAAGGAGCGUUUCGUGCACGAGCUGCACGACGAGGAGACGAGCAGCGAGCAUGCCCCACAUCUGCAGAGCGAGCACUCGCAUUCGCAUUUGCAUGCGAUGUCCGAUCACUCCAAGGAUGGCACCGAACCGGAGAUAGCGCCCAUAAUGGCCAAGAAACGUAAACUGGCAGAAGCUGCUUGCAACGGUGAUCUCCCCUUGGAUGUGCACAGUGAGGCGAGCAACACAAAUCCGCCACGACCAAUGGGUUUGGGGCGCGAAGACAACAAGCCCUCGUUCAACUUCAGUGACAUCAAGGACAUCAAAUCGGAAUUGCACAACAGCAGCUCCAACUCCAGUCCACUGCUCGCAAAGCUGAGUGCUGCUGGCGCCCAGCUGAGCACACCCAGCAGCACCACCGCACCAGUGCCGCCCCGGCAUUCGUUUACCGUGCCAAUCUUUGCGCUGCACGGCCAAGGCAACUAUUAUGUGCCACUAAAUGUGGACUAUAACUCCCUUGUGCCGUAUCUCAACGGUGUGGAUCUGCUCGAGAAGAGCUACACCAGCAUGCCCGUGGUGCAUCCCAUUAACAUCAAUGUCAACUUCAUGCCCAGCUCGCCAUCUGCCUCACUGUUGGCGGCAGCUGCUGCCGCCGCUGCCCUGGCUGCUGGGAAGCAACAGGGUGUCGUUGCCACAACAGUGGGACCUCUGAGCGCAACCACGGCGACAGCUGUGGCCAAAGCCAAGUUGGAGCAGGCCAUUAGCAACAGCUGGUAGCGGGUCGCCAAAAUCGCUGGCGAUAAGGGCAGAGAACAGUUCUACCUCACUACUUCUGUGAAUAAUCAUCAAAUGAUUGAUUCCAAAAAUAUUGUGCGAAAAUUGAAGCUGUUGGCUACAGCAGUAUAAAAACACACACAAUACACACCAAUACACACACACACAAUUAUUUGUCUGCAUAAAUUCGACAGUUUAACUGAAGGACAGUAUGUAAACAGUUAGUACUUGGGCGUUGGCCCAAAAGGUGCGCCUAUUUAUUGAUCUACUGAACAAACAGAAAUGUACAUUAAUACAUAACUAUUUUAAACAAACUGAUGCAAAUGAGUCGACCUGUGGUCUGUGUGAACAACAACAGUUUCCAAUGUUAGUUUUGCAUUACAAAUAAAAACAAAUAAAUAUGCAUGUUUUGUGCAUGUUUUGAUGCCAAGAACCAGCCCACGUUGAGAAAUUUAAUGGAUUCAAAUUACAAAACUAUAUAAUUGUGAAUUAAAUGUAUUUUUAGAUGUGUAACAAUUUUUAUUGUUUUUGUUUUUUGCAACUAAAAUAAGCGUUGUGGUUUCAAAUCAGGCUCCAAGUGCGUUUUUCAAAUUAAUGUGAAAUUCAUAAACCACUAGUCAAAUCAAUAUAGAAAACAUGCAAAUAACAAAAACUAAAUGAAAAGUUUUUAAAUUUGAUGUGUACAUAUUAACUUAGAAAUUGUAUACAAUUUUUUUUGUUAUAGGUCCUAUAAUUUAGUAACAAAUUAUUUUAAGUUAAUAGGGCUCGAGGUUUAUUUGAAAAUCUUGAGCAAAUACAAUUUUGUUACAGUUGAUACCGAAUUUCAUUUUCGAAAUGAGGUUUUCUAUGAAUAUGUAAAUAUUUAGUUGAACACUGUUUUUGCUCUUAAGUUUCAUAAAUGAAAAUUUCAAUGUUGUGACAUGUUAUAUGACCUUCAAAUUUUAACAAGUAUAGUGAAAAUGAUGAAGAAAUCAACAAAUUAUUUUCUAAUAAUGUUUUCUGCGUAUAACUAAGAGUUUACUGCACAAAAUAUUCAUGCUUAAUGGAUUUUAAUAUGAUUAUUAUGUUUACUACAGUAGAAUUAAUAUAGCAUAACUACGUUACUGUUUAAUAUAUUUUAUAUAUGUCUGUAUACUUAUGUAAUAAAGUUGAGAAAAAAAUCAAUAAAAAACAGUUUUUUCGAAGGUUCAUCGAGGAAAUACAAUUUAAA